UUGUCAACCCAUGGGAAAACGAGCUGAGAUAUACUUCGCCCAUAUGUUGGAUUUUUCCGCGGAUCUAAGGAAGUGACUCGGACGCGAUCCUGCUUCUAAAGCAUAGUCCGGGAGAGAAUCGGAAAGGUGGAAAGGGAAGGAACUCGAUGGCCAUAGAUGCAAUGGAAGAUUCCUCGAUUCCUUCCUCCUCUCCUUCACAUUCCAUUCCCAGUCAACCGCGUCACUUCUACGUCGCCGUCGACCGCCUCCAGUUCAAGAUGGACACGCUGGUGGAUUUGCUGCGCUUGGUGGGUCAGCGGCCGGGCCUGCCGAUGGUGGUGUGCUGCAGCUCCCGCGACGAGCUCGACGCCGUCUGCUGCGCCGUCUCCAAUCUCCCGUUCAUCUCCCUGGCCUCUCUGUACAGUGACCUGGCUGAAGCAGAUCGUGCUCUUGUUCUGGAUGGGUUUCGGCAGUCCACUUUGCAUUGGAACCAAAGCAUUGCUGUCCAAUCUGGAAAUGAUGUAAAAGCGGUUGAAGAUGUUGAGCAAAAGUCUCAUAUUGUUGUUGUUACAGAUGCUUGCCUCCCACUUCUAACUUCUGGGGAGUCGCCACUUACUGCGCGAGUUUUGAUCAAUUAUGAGUUGCCAACAAAAAAGGAAACAUAUAUGAGGCGAAUGGUAGCUUGUUUGGCAGCUGAUGGGAUUGUCAUCAACAUGAUCGUUGGGGGUGAAGUGGUAGCUUUGAAAAGCCUGGAGGAAAGUAGCAAUAUUCUCAUAGCCGAGAUGCCUAUCAAUAUUUCGGAAAUAUUGUGAAGAUCUUUUGAGUCAUACUGAAACAAAUGUGACCUUUGGCUGCAACUGGUUGAUGAGGCCCGCAUGUUCACAAGCGUCGCUUUAUGAGCAGUUGCCAUGGAGGGAGCAUCUCUCGGAUUUGCGCAGUUCUAAAUUUUCUGAUCAACCAGUUCUUUUUCCAGGGUUACAAAGUAGAUAGUAUCUAAUGACUUCUGAGGCCCAAAGUGUUACAUAUUCCGGAAUCAUUGAGGCAUAAACUGGUGUAGACUCUGUAUCAGAUUAAAUCAUCAUGUUUUGGUGGAUUCCACGCCUAAUUUUUUUUGCUAUUCCUCAGCGGAUGCACAUUGCUUUCUGA